AUGCCGGACACACUCUCCCCCGCAGGGAGUAGUACUUAUGCGUCGGAUACAAUGUAUGUUGGAGAUGGGACGUGGGAUAGUACGAGAAAUACAUUCUUGUUGCCGAACUUGAUGGGCCUCAACUUUGAUACCAUGCGAUACAAUGGUAUGGGUAACCGAUUUAGAGAUAUGGAUGGAUACCAUUCAAUGAUAGUGGCACACGGUGUAAUCGCGACAAUUGUUUUCCUCGGUUUCGUUCCAGCUGCGAUUAUGAUAGUACGAUAUUACUCAUUUUAUGACCGCUAUUGGGCCUACAAGUACCAUGUCUGGCUUCAAGUGUUGACCCUGCUAUUGUCGACAGUUGUGUUUCUACUGGGAUGGUUCGCAGUCGGACCGCAGAGAAGUCUUACCAAUCCACACCAUGGAAUCGGCUUAGCACUAUAUGUUAUGGUGGUAUUUCAGGCGUUCUGGGGUUGGCUUUCUCGCAAAAUUGAGCGAGGUAGGAGGCAUUAUCGUUCGCCGUUGAUAUUAGUGCUUCACCGAUGGAUAGGCUGGGCUACAGUACUUCUAGGCAUGGCUCAGAUUCCUAUGGGGUUGACUUUAUACGGCUCUCCAAAAUCCUUGUUCAUCCUCUUUGCAGUAGGAGCUUUCCUUUGGCUUGCACUGUUCCUCACUUGCUCUUACAUAUAUGAUGAAGAUGGCGUGUACUAUGGUCCCGAUACAGACAACCGCGGAAGCUAUGUAUCUGGGCCGCCGCCGGAGGAGAGGCGUCAUAGUAAUUUUGGUCGCGUGGCAGGAGCCGCCGCUGCAGGCGCUGGACUAGCAGCUCUCUUUGCGCGCCGAAAUCGCCACCACGAAGAAAGCGAUGUCCAUAGUUCUCAAUACGAUGAGAAAUACUCCGACGAAGGUCGCCGUCCUAAUUGGACAAAGCGGGUGCUUGAGAUUGGUGCUAUUGGUGGCGGAAUUGCAUUGGCGAGAUCAAUGUUCAACAGAAGACGGGAAAGAGAAAGCGACAAUGAGUCUGGCCGAUAUCGUCCAACACAUGCUCAUAGUGAUAGCAUGACCGAGGAUACAGUGAGUAGGGUGGAAGAAGGUCGUGCUACCUCUGGAACGCAAGGGCCUUAUAUGCAUCCCGCUAGACGUCAGAGCUAUAGCUCCAUGGACUAUAGUUAUUACACGCAAACAGAUGAGGGACACGGUGAUCAAGCCGGCCAAGGUCAUGGAGUACGAAAUGCCAUUCUAGGAGCGGGAGCAUUUGCUGCCGUGAGAAAUAUAUUCAGGCGCCGAAAAGACGAUGACGAACAACGACGUAUUGAGGAAAUCAAGCGCCGAGAUAUGGAAGAGGAGCGGCUGGCUCGAGCGAAUAGCAAGAAAAAGUACACAGGCGAUGGCUUCUUCCCACGAAGACAACGACCGUCACAAUCAGUACUUUCCAGCGAGAUGACCUCGGACAUGACGCCGCGUCCACCGCGCACACCCGGCCCUGUUGAGGAAACGGUCAUGACUGGUGGUAUUACCGAGGGUACAGAGAGUGUAGUACCUCCGGCUGCUCCAUCGCACCGUAUCGUGUCUGGAAGUGCCUCUGGCACAGAUAUUGAAACUGCUGCCGCCGCAGGGGCUGUUGCAGGGGCCGCUGUAGGAUCAGCAAGCCGGCACCGUCGCCGCAGUGGCAGUGGUAGCGGCAGUCGGUCGAGGAGAAGUGAUCCUCGCGAUGAAGUGUCAUCACCGCCAGUAUCUGUCAAAGUCAAGAUGCACAAUGACGGGCGACAUGUCACUCUUCGGAAAUUGACCGAAGAAGAGGCAGCAGCUAGCAGAGAAUCAAAACGCCGGUCAAGAGAGCGACAUGGAUCACGUAGACGGGGUAGCGCCAGUUCUCUUUCAGGAGGCGAAGGCGCCGGCUCAGACCGGUGGCGACGUGUUGAGGAGAUGGAGCGCCAACAAGCAGAGCAUGUGAGGCGAGAACAAGCGGCAGCUCGGGCAGCCGAAUCUGCAGCUUCAGCAGCAGUAACAACGAAUGUGUCUCAUCCUCCAGCACCAGCACCAGUGCCACUUGCACCACCUGUACCGCCCGCAGCAUCCUUCCAGUCUGGUCCUCUCCAUCCACCAACAGCGUCUUAUGCCGCCACUAGUCAACUAUCUGCCCCGCCACCUCCUCCUGGGCCUCCUCCACCACAACAUCUAUCACCAGCUUCACACGCAGCGACGAGCCAAAUGUCCAUGUCACAGCGACCUCCAUCAAACAUGCAGCAUUAUCCUCCUACAGCAAGUCAACAAUACCCACCGACUGCUAGUAUCACAUCUCCUACCUGGACAGGCACAGAAGCAAGCGCCGACUACGCCAAUAAUAGGAGAAGACGCCGAGCAGAGCGAGCUCAAGCAAGAGCGAGACAACAAGCGCAGCAUAGUGUUGAAUUCACUUGA